AUGGGAACAAGAACAGCUUCUUCUGCCGUCGCCGAUGCUUCACAAAGAGGUCCUGGUCGCACCCAUUCAACUCGUUCCAGUCGUUCUAGUCGGGUUCCUUCUUUUCCUCCCCCUUCUCCCUCCGCUUCAGCGGCCCCAGCAGCGCCUGCACCAGCCACGUCCACUGGAGCAGGUGCCAACUACAACCAAUCUCACACCCGCCAGCUUUCACACUCACACUCUCAAUCUCAAUCUCGCUCCCAAUCCCAGUCCCUGUCCCAGGCCCAAUCCCAGGCCUACGCCUCCCGUUCUCAAUCUCAUUCCCACUCCCACUCUCGUUCUGCUUCCAACUCACAUCCUCCCCCUCAUCAUAGCCAACAUCAGCGCACCUCUUCAUCCCGAUCUACUUCGCAAAAUGACCACGAAUCCUCACGCUUAGCCGCGAACCCAAAGCAUCAUCGAACCUCGAGCAAAGACGAUCGACAUCCUCCCCCGACCAGUGGCCCCGAUCCCUCGAGGGCCCAUCGAAGGAGCUCUUCCUCUCGUUCCAAAAACAACAACCACAACCCUCAACCCGACAUGGCCCCUUCAGCCAGCGCUCCCAGUAAUGGGACUAGCCACGCAAGCGCAGCUCCUCCAGCUAAUCAUGCCGACGCGCCACCCCGCGCUUCAACUUCUAAACACGCGAGAUCACGUACGGUUAUCCCAACCCAAUCUGGAAAAUGGAUGUUAGGCAAGACCAUUGGUGCUGGUAGCAUGGGCAAGGUCAAGCUCGCCCGAAAGGAAGAUGGCAGCGAACAGGUAGCUUGUAAAAUUAUCCCUCGUGGCUCGACCGAUGAUGGCCACCAGUCUCGAGCCGACAAAGAGCGUGCCGAUCAAUCCAAGGAAAUUCGAACUGCUCGCGAAGCGGCUAUCAGUACUCUCCUGAACCACCCCCACAUAUGUGCACUUCACGAUGUUGUCCGUACAAACCACCAUUGGUAUAUGCUUUUUGAAUAUGUCAACGGUGGCCAGAUGCUCGACUAUAUCAUUUCCCAUGGCAAGCUUAAGGAGAAACAAGCCCGAAAGUUUAGUAGGCAGAUCGCAAGUGCCUUGGACUACUUGCACAGGAACAGCAUUGUGCAUAGAGAUCUCAAAAUCGAGAAUAUUCUCAUCAGCAAGACAGGCGACAUCAAGAUUAUCGAUUUUGGUCUCAGCAACCUCUUCGCUCCCAAGGGUCACCUCAAGACAUUCUGUGGAAGUCUCUAUUUUGCUGCGCCCGAACUGCUGCAGGCAAGAGCGUAUACCGGCCCAGAGGUCGAUGUCUGGAGUUUCGGCAUUGUUCUUUAUGUCUUAGUUUGCGGUAAAGUGCCAUUCGACGACCAAAGCAUGCCCGCGCUUCACGCCAAAAUCAAGAGGGGUCUUGUCGAUUAUCCCGCUUGGUUAUCAAGUGAAUGCAAACACCUUUUAUCUCGGAUGCUCGUCACGGAUCCUAAACAGCGCGCUACAAUGCAGGAAGUAUUGACACACCCAUGGAUGGCUAAGGGCUUCAACGGUCCUCCCGAUAAUUACCUGCCCAACCGCGAACCAUUAACGAUACCGUUGGAGCCAGAAGUAAUUCUUGCUAUGCAAGGCUUCAAUUUUGGCACACCCGAAAGUAUCAAUGCACAGCUCACCAAAAUUAUCGAAUCUGAGGAAUAUCAGCGUGCUAUUAAGCUCUACCAAAGAGAGAAGGAGCUUCCACCGCCUGCGAAAGAUGCCGAGAAGAGGAGGCCAUUUGGCUUUGACUUUUACAAGCGCAGAAAUUCUGGAAACAGUCGCGAUACUUUGUCGGCUCCCAGUUCCGAGGUCCUCCAAAUUGGCAACGAUCCCAUGAACGCAUUUAGUCCCCUCCUAUCUAUAUAUUACCUUGUCAAGGAGAAACAAGAUCGCGAUCAUGCCGAUAUGGUGCCGCCGCCAGCGGCAUCACAGUCUCGCGAGAAGGAGAAAGAGAAGGAAAGGGAACGGGAAAGAGAGAAAGAGAAAGAACGCGAACGAGAGAGGAGGGAGGAGAAGGAAAGAGAGCGAGAGAGGGAACGCGAGGCCCGCGAAAAGGAGAAAGCAAGGGAGCCCGAAUCGAUGCCAGAAAUCGCAGCACCUCAAGCAGCUCAUACCAACUCAUCUGCCUACGAGAUGCCAGGCGAAAAGCCCACUGGUGGACGCAGCAGACCUCGCGCCAGGACCCAUGGCGAAGACGACAUGCCAGAGCUGCCGAAGCAGACACCCGCGCCACCACCUGAACCGAGAAUUGAGCAACUCCAAAAGAAGGAGGGUACUGCAGCUGGUAUCCUGCGUCGUUUCAGCACACGCAAGCGUAGGGAGCCUGAGCGUCUGGACAAGGACCGUUCGCAUCCUCCUGUGGUUCAAGUUCAUUCCCCAGCGGAACCUUCACCACUUGCACCUCGAAAGAGCUUUAGCAUCCGUCGUGGCCGACGUGACAGAGAGGAUGCGUCUGAUUCACAACUCCGUUCUAGCAGCAACCAAGGCCAGCAUGGUGAGCUUCUAAGCCCACCCAUGUCUGCCGGUGGUGCCAGGGACGGCAGAAGGGGAAGUGGUUUGGGACGAUCGACCAGUGUCAAUUCGGCAGAGAUGAGAAGGCGGAAAGAUCAUCCAGCAACCAACGAAUCUGAUCAAUCUGUAGGAAACGAAGAAUCUUCCAGCUCGCGCCGCACUCAUGGUCACUCUCGAUCUGUGAGUCUGAGGGCCAAGUCCAUUGGUCACGCGAGGAGGGAGAGCAUACAGCAGCGCCGUCAGAGAAGGGAUGCUGCUCAGGAGGCCAAUGUUCCUGAAGAAACGGAUCAGGAGUUGGAGCAGAGCGGCGUGUCCACUGAACGAUUGGACGACACAGAACUGUCCAAGCCAGUUUUCCUCAAGGGUCUCUUUAGCGUGUCGACAACAUCGGGCAAGUCUGUACCCGCGAUCCGAACGGAUAUCAAGCGGGUAUUGAAGCAACUGAACGUCGACUACACGGAGAUCAAGGGUGGAUUCAGAUGUCGCCACUCACCGAGUAUUGAUCUUAACAAGGUGCAAGAUCCACCCAUGAGCCCUGGAAACACCCCAGGCCAUAAGCGACGGUUCAGCUUUGGUGGUCUUAUGAGGGGAGACGAUCGUGAUCGGGAGAGGGAUGAUUUCCGCGACUCAGACCGCCCUCCUACUACACCACGAACGCCAGGCCGCUCAGAUCGAGACCGUAGCUUCUCAAACUCGGAGACUUCGUUUGACAGUAACUCUGGCAGAAAUGCGGGACCAUCUCGACAAGUGCCAGGAGAAACGAGCACGCAAGUACAGAGCGAUCUUGGCGGAAGCAUGGUGUUGGAAUUUGAAAUCUUCAUCGUCAAGGUGCCACUAUUAUCGCUACAUGGUAUUCAGUUUAAGCGAAUGGCUGGAAACACGUGGCAGUACAAGAGUAUGGCGGACCACAUCCUUAGGGAGCUGAGGCUAUAA